GGUUUAGUUAUGUUGAAUAUUAUUUUGCAUUUAUUACAUUAUUAAGUUGGCAAUACUUGAUGUGUUUGCAUAAACUUCUGUGCUAUUAUGCAAAAUUAAUUUCAUUAUAUCAUAGUUAAUCUAUUAAAAACAAAUUUUUUUAUUAAACAUGAGAAAUAAAUUUUAUUGACUACGACUAAUUUUACAUUAUCUCAUUCAAAUCCUAUUUUUGACAAAGAAAUUCUUAAAUAUGUAUUUUCUAAUUUAAUAUGGAAUUUAACGUAAAUUCCUUUCACUUUUUAAAUAAUCACAAGGUCAUUAGCCUAAACCACUAUCAACGCCAACUAUUGUUAAUUUAAGUAACUAUCUACAGCUGACUGUACAGUACCGAACAUAAAUGCUUUAUAAUUUUCUAUAGGACGGUAUAAGGAAAUCGCAUCUGUAACCUUUGAAAAAUUUAACAGCAUUUAUAUCUGGUACUGUAUCAUGUUUAUCCUAUGAAUCGUUUGAAGUUACGUUGACUUUCGACUCUUAAAAAAACAUGUCUUAUAGAAAGCUAACAUGUGGUAGAUAAAAACUUAAUUUGCCGCAUUUAUCUUACGCGGCAUUCUCUUUAUCUUAAUUAAUUGAAUUCUAUUAGAAAAAAGUUACAUUUGAAAAAUAAAUAAUCAAAUAAUAUUUUUAUUAAAAUAUGGAUCAAACUGCAGUUUUGUGGAUACUCUCUUUAGUAAUGUUAAUUGGUUCUUAUGUAGCUGGAUCAUUGCCACUUGUGGUAAAUUUAUCAGAGGAUAAAUUGCAAUUGGUAUCAGUUUUAGGAGCAGGGCUUUUAGUUGGGACUGCAUUAGCUGUGAUUAUUCCCGAAGGAAUCAGAGCACUUUUUACUAGUGCAACAACUGGAGAUCUUCAUUCAGUAACUGGUGAACAUGAUGGUCUUCAUAGUAUGAUAGGUAUAAGUUUAGUACUUGGAUUUGUCUUUAUGCUUUUGGUUGAUCAAUGUUCCACUAGACGAAGUGGAGGAAAAGAAAAAAGUUUUACUGCUACUAUAGGAUUAGUUGUUCAUGCUGCUGCUGACGGUGUUGCUUUAGGAGCGGCAGCAACCACUUCUCAAGCUGAUGUUGAAGUUAUUGUAUUUCUCGCUAUUAUGCUACACAAGGCACCAGCAGCAUUCGGAUUAGUUUCAUUUCUUCUUCACGAAGGAGUUGAUAGAAAAAAAAUAAAUAGACAUUUAUUAGUAUUUUCUUUAUCUGCUCCUUGUUUAGCACUUAUCACAUAUUUUGGAAUUGGAAAAGAGGGAAAGGAAACACUUAGUAAUGUCAAUGCUACAGGAUUAGCGAUGCUCUUUAGUGCUGGAACAUUUCUUUACGUGGCAACAGUCCAUGUUCUACCAGAAUUAAUGACGAGAAAUAGUAAUUCAUAUGCACAUUUACCCACAGUUGAAGGAGCACCACCUCCUACUUCUGGUUUAAAAUUCAAAGAAAUAAUGGCCUUAGUUUUUGGAUCAUUAUUACCAGCACUUAUUACAACUGGUCAUCAUCAUUAAUUAGAAUAUCAAUAUAUUAUUGAUCUGAAUGCACAAAAAAUUAUGGUAUAUUAUUAAUAAUAAUAAUAAUAAUAAUAAUAAUAAUAAUAAUAAUAAUCGAUCAACAUUAUAUGAAAAAAUAUCACUUUAUUAUAAUAUACAUAGAUUUUUCGAUACAUAGACAGAUUUGAUUAUGCAAUCAUGAAAUUCCAAUAAUAAUAUGAAAAAUAGUAAGAACUUUUUUUAAAAGAUGUACUAUUCAUAAUUGUACCUGAGGAGGUUUGAUAAAGUU